CCCGCGAACAGCCCUGCAGCGCCUGCCAGCUCCGGGAGGACGACGCCGAGUUCCUCCCGCACACGGAGCGCGGCGGCGCGGGAGGAGCCCCGAGGCCCCGCGGACCCGCAGCCGCUGUCCCGGCUGGGCUGAGGCUCCGGAGCCGCAGGUGGCCCUGUGAAAGGUAAUUUGGGACACUCCGGGCAUGGACGAUUCGGUGCUUGUGCCUGGCAGCCUCUUCAGCCCCUGAGCCAGCACCUUCGGUUCUUCCGAGCUUCCUCCCUAGCCAGAGAGGUCUGUGGUGGGAAGCCUCUCUUCCUGGCCGGCCAUGGGGAGCACCCUGGGCUGCCACCGCUCCAUCCCCAGAGACCCCUCGGACCUGUCCCACAGCCGCAAGUUCAGCGCGGCUUGCAACUUCAGCAACAUCUUGGUCAACCAGGAGCGGCUCAACAUCAACACGGCCACGGAGGAGGAGCUGAUGACCCUGCCCGGGGUGACGCGUGCCGUGGCCCGCAGCAUCGUGGAGUACCGAGAGUACAUCGGUGGCUUCAAGAAGGUGGAGGACCUGGCGCUGGUCAGCGGCGUGGGCGCCACCAAGCUGGAGCAGGUCAAGUUUGAGAUCUGUGUGAGCAGCAAGGGCAGCUCUGCACAGCACUCGCCCAGCUCCCUGCGCCGCGACCUGCUGGCUGAGCAGCCCCACCACCUGGCCACCACCGUGCCCCUCACCCCCCGCGUCAACAUCAACACGGCCACGCCGGCUCAGCUCAUGAGCGUGCGAGGCCUCACGGAGAAGAUGGCACUUAGCAUCGUGGACUACCGCCGGGAGCAUGGGCCCUUCCGCAGCGUCGAGGACCUGGUGAGGAUGGAUGGUAUCAAUGCCACCUUCCUGGACAGGAUACGACACCAGGUGUUUGCCGAGAGGUCCAGGCCCCCGUCCACCCACACCAACGGAGGCCUGACCUUUACCGCCAAGCCGCACCCCAGCCCCACCUCGCUGAGCCUCCACAGCGAGGACUUGGACCUGCCGCCAGGGGGGCCCACGCAGAUUAUCUCCACGCGGCCCUCGGUGGAAGCCUUCGCAGGCACGAGGGACGGACGGCCCGUGCUGAGGCUGGCCACCUGGAACCUGCAGGGCUGCUCUGUGGAGAAGGCCAACAACCCCGGGGUGCGAGAGGUGGUGUGCAUGACGCUCCUGGAAAACAGCAUCAAGCUUCUGGCUGUGCAAGAACUACUGGACAAAGAAGCCCUGGAAAAGUUCUGUGCGGAGCUGAACCAGCCGAUCCUGCCCAACAUCCGCAAGUGGAGGGGACCCCGGGGUUGCUGGAAGGCCGCUGUCGCCGAGAAGCCCUCGAGCCUGCUCCACAAGGGGUCCGGGUACUCAGGAUUCCUGUGGGACACAGUGGCCGGUGUGGAGCUGAAAGACGUCACCUCGCAGGAGAGUUCGCCUAGCAAUGGGCACGGGAAGUCCGCAGGCCCCAACCCGUACGUGGCACGAUUCAAGGUGGGAAGUAAUGACUUGACCCUCGUUAACCUUCACCUGGCAGCCCUGACCCUCCCAGCAGUCGAGAAUCCGAGCAAGAACCCCAGUGACGGCCACCGGUUGGCGAGCUUCGUACAGAGCCUUCAGGAAACCCUGAAAGGAGAGAAAGAUGUGAUCAUUUUAGGGGAUUUCGGCCAAGGGCCAGAGAGCAGUGACUGCGACGUGCUGCGGAGAGAGAAGUUCCACCCCCUGGUCCCUGCACACACCUUCACCAACAUCAGCACCAAGAAUCCGCAGGGCUCGAGGUCUCUGGACAACAUCUGGAUCAGCAAAAGCUUGAAGAAGGUGUUCACGGGUCACUGGGCCGUGGUGAGAGAGGGUCUCACGAACCCCUGGAUUCCCGACAACUGGUCGUGGGGCGGCGUGGCCUCCGAACAUUGCCCUGUGCUCGCCGAGUUUUACGCGGAGAAGGACUGGAACAAGAAGGAAGGCCCUCGCAAUGGCAACGGGGUCGCCUUGGAGCGGAGCGAAGCCCACAGCAAGCACGAGCGGUGAUGACGCUGCACGACGUGCGCGCUCGCGGCCCCCGGGCGGCACGGGUGAAGACUCAGGGCUGGCGCCCCCUUUUAAUCUACGUUGAGUUCAUCAUCGGCACUUGGGCCUCAAGCCACGGCCUUCUCUGUGGGCCUUGAGGACCCCCGUGUGUGUGUGUGUGUGUGUGUGUGUGUGUGUGUGUGUGUGUGUGUGUGUGUGUUGGGGGGUGCGCGCACAAGCCCUGCGAGGAACCUGCAGAACCUGGCUGUGUCUGCGCUAGGAGCAGCAGCACGGAGCAGUCUUGGAGCCUGGGAGGGAGAGAGCGCCUUGUGGAGGCUGCAGGCCCCGGCCCGGGGUGCCCGGAGCUCCCAUCUCUGACCCACAGGAUGCCCUUGCUUGCUGCCAACGACGGAACGCUUUUAAAUGUGAUUGAGCACUCUUCUCAAAUAUGUUGAAUGGUGAUUUUUAGUGUUGGUUUUGCAAAAAUAAACAGACGUUAACCUGC